AAGUUAGUUUAAAUGAAGAAGAUUGCACAAGUUAAGUAAGGCUUGUUUUAGUGAACAAAAGUUGGGCUCCUAGAGGGAGCGGUUAGUUGGGCCCACUGACAUUCUCUUUGGCGCGCUCUUUUGUCAUACCAUACAAUUUUGGAGCCAACACCAAACGAUGCGCACCGAGACUGGAGCCAACACCAAACGAUGCGCACCCGUCUCGGUUAAGGCUGGCACCAGUACGUCAUGAGUCAAUGCGUCUCAGACCUCCUUCCUCCAAAACCUUACACUUCUUCCAACGAAAGCACAGCCUCUCUACUAUUCCGUCCGAGUCGGUCUACCAAGAUGGAGCAUCUGAGUCCUAUUACACCCAUCUCUUGCAGAUAUGUCUACAACAAUGCAAGUAUAUUCAGACCCGUAAGGUGUUCGACGAAAUGCCUGACAGGUUGCUGGCUCGUGCUUCCAGGACCUGCAAGGCUGUCCACGCCCGCAGCUUGACAUUUGGGAUUGAAUCCAAAGGGCUUCUGAGAAAUGCCAUUCGUUUUUAUGCCAAGUGCGGUAAUGUGGAUUUUGCCAAGAAAGCAUUUGACUGCCUUGAAAACAAGGCUGUGUUUGCUUGGAACUCAGUUUUGUCAAUGUAUUCGAGUAAGGGAUUGCUGAAACAGGUUGUUAAGUCAUUUGGGUCGAUGUGGAAUGGCAGGGUAAUGCCAAACGAGUUCACUUUCGCAAUGGUUUUGUCUAGUUGUGCAAGAUUGGUUGAUGUUGAAUACGGUAGGCAAGUUCAUUGUGGUGUUAUUAAGAUGGGGUUUGAGUUGAGUUCAUUUUGUGAAGGUGCACUCAUUGAUGUGUAUGCCAAGUGCAAUUGUAUAAGUGAUGCACGACGGGUAUUUGAUAGUGUGUUGAAGUUGGAUACAGUUGCUUGGACAACAAUGAUUUCAGGGUAUGCUCAAGCUGGAUUACUCGAGGAGGCACUUGAAGUGUUUAAGGAGAUGCAAAAAGUUGGUGGUUUUCUGGACCAGGUGGGAUUCAUGACCGUCAUAAAUGCAUGUGUUGGUCUAGGAAGGCUAGAUGACGCAUGUGAGUUGUUUUCCCAGACCAGUCCUAAUGUUGUAGCAUGGAAUGUGAUGAUUUCUGGGCAUGCCAAGAGAGGCAAUGAGGAGAAAGCUGUUAACUUUUUCUUGAGAAUGAGGAAAUCUGGCAAAAAACCGACAAGAUCCACACUAGGAAGUGUUUUGAGCGCAAUUGCUAGUUUGGCUGCUCUAGACUAUGGCUUGCUAGUUCACAAUAUGGCAGUAAAACUGGGGUUAGAGUCUAACGUUUAUGUGGGAAGUUCCUUAAUCAAUAUGUAUGCCAAGUGUGAAAAGAUGAAUUUGUCAAAGAAAAUAUUUGAUUAUCUACCAGAGAAAAAUGUUGUCUUGUGGAAUAUGAUGCUUGGGGGUUAUGCCCAAAAUGGGUAUGCCAGUGAAGUUAUAGAAUUUUUUACCAUUAUGAAGGGGUUUGUUAUGCAUUCACAUAUCAUCAAGAAUAAACUUGCAUCAAAUUUAUACGUGGGAAAUGCAUUGGUUGAUAUGUAUGCUAAAUCAGGGGAUCUGAAGAAAGCAAGGAAACAAUUUGAGCUCAUAAGAAAUCGAGACAAUAUAUCAUGGAAUGCAAUUAUUGUUGGAUACGUACAAGAAGAAGAUGAAAACGAGGCUUUUAAUAUGUUCCGAAGAAUGAAUUUGCAUGGAAUUGUGCCUGAUGAAGUCUCAUUGGCAAGUAUACUAAGUGCGUGUGCAAAUGUUCAAGCACUAAAGAUGGGACAACAAGUCCACGGUCUCUCAGUUAAAAAUGGGCUGGAAACAAGCCUUUAUUCUGGGAGCUCCCUUAUUGACAUGUAUUCUAAAUGUGGGGUCAUUGGCAAUGCAUGUAAAGCUCUCUAUUAUAUGCCCCACUGGAGCAUGGUAUCUGUGAAUGCUCUAAUUACUGGUUUUGGCUAUAGCAACUUGGCAGAAGCUGUUAAUUUGCUUCAUGAGAUGCAGAUAGGAUUGAACCCAACUGAAAUUACUUUUUCAGUCCUUCUAGAUGCAUGUAGUGGACCUCUCAUGUUAACUCUGGGAAGGCAAAUCCACUGCAUAGUACUAAAGAAAGGCCUUUUGUGUGAUGUUGACUUUUUGGGUGUCUCUCUCUUAGGUAUGUACAUGAAUUCCCAAAGCAAAGUAGAUGCAACAGUUCUUUUCUCGGAGUUCCCAAAGCCAAAAAGCAAAGUAUUAUGGACCGCUAUGAUCUUAGGACUCGGUCAAAAUGAUUGCAGUGAGGAGGCGCUACAGUUGUAUCAAGAGAUGCGUAGCCAUAAUGCUCUACCCAACCAAGCAACAUUUGCUAGUGUUCUUCGAGCAUGUGCUGUCAUUUCUUCUUUGAACAAUGGUAGAGAGAUCCAUUCCCUCAUUUUUCAUACCGGUUUUGAUCUGGACAAGUUAACUUGUAGUGCCCUCGUAGACAUGUAUUCUAAAUGUGGGGAUGUGGGUAGUUCUGCAUGUUUUAAAGAAAUGGGUACUAAAAAUAGUGUCAUUUCUUGGAACUCAAUGAUAGUUGGGUUUGCUAAAAAUGGUUAUGCAGAAGAUGCAUUGAAGAUCUUUGAUGGGAUGAGACACUUUCAUGUUUUUCCUGAUGAUGUCACAUUCCUAGGUGUUCUCACUGCAUGUAGUCAUGCAAGGAAGGUAGCUGAAGGCCAACAAAUGUAUGAUUCUAUGGUUAAUAAGUAUAGUAUCCAACCCAGGGUCGAUCAUGUUGCCUGCAUGGUUGAUCUUCUAGGCCGUUGGGGAUUUCUUAAAGAAGCAGGAUUUGUUGACAGACUAGAUUCUGACCCAAAUGCUAUGACUUGGGCCACAUUACUUGGUGCUUGCAGAUUACAUGGAGAUUACAUAAGGGGACAUCGUGCGGCUGAGAAACUCAUUGAGUUAGAACCACAAAAUUCUUCAACAUAUGUGCUGCUUUCUAAUAUACAUGCUGCAUCAGGAAACUGGGAUAGGGCUAGCUCUUUGAGGAGAGAAAUGAAAGAAAAGGAAUUGACGAAGGUUCCUGGUUGUAGUUGGAUUGUAGUGGGACAGACAACAAAUUUGUUUGUUGCUGGUGAUAAGUCUCAUCCUAAUGCUGGUGAAAUCAUUGCGGCUUUAAAGUAUUUGACAGCAGUAAUGAAAGAAGAGGGCUAUGUUGAUGAGACAGAUUCUUUCUUGAAUGAAGAAGAGUGAGAGAUGCUCCUAUCCCUAUGGUAUUGAGGCCAAUUGCAUAUUGUAACACUAUGCAUGAACAUCCCAAGGCCUCUCCCUUUGCAAGACUGUGAAACCCGAAUUAAUAUCUCAGUAGUAUUCUUUAACUUUGUGAGAGAGAUGCUAACCAGGGUCAGACGUCAUGCAGGGUAUGUUGAUGCCAAUGUCAGUGCCUGGAGGAACUUUGGUUUACUAUUUUGUUGAAGCCGAAACAGACACUGACAAGGAAGCCUCUUGCACUUUGUCUCAAACAUAUACUGAAAAGGAAGCCCCUAACUUUGUCUCUUUGGUCGUUGGUUCCUCUUGGUCCUCUGCAAUGGAAUCCAGUGAACAUAUCUUGUAAUAGUGAGCCUUUUCAUGUUUCUUAAAAAAAAUUUGAGGUUUAAAUUUAUAGGUUCCUUAUUUUUUUGUUUAAUAUUUUAUGAAGCUGCUGCUUUGUAUUUGUUUUGGUGUUUCUUCUUUGUCUUCUUUGCCAUAUUGACGAUUCACGUUAUCAUUUUUUACUUUUGAUAAUUUUGUUGCUCAAUGCUUCAGAGAUGUAGCGACCUUGUGGCUUUAAAAUUUUGCCGUGAAAUUUGAAUAGUAAUGUCUUUGGGCAUGAAAUAUGUUCCUACUAAGUGCCAUGAAUGGAAAUAAAUUCAUCUAUAGCAUGUUAAAAGGGAAAACUGGGUUUAGAUGAGCAAAUUCUCAUUCAUAGUAGUGUCAGAUUGUACAAUUCAGACGUGCACCAAAGCUUGCUUGUCUUAAUGAUGACUUCUGCUCAGUAUUGGCAAUAGUUAUAUGCUGCCAACUUUUUUUCCAGUAUUUUGUUGUCUUCUGCUGCAUUUGGUUUCAUGUAAUCCUAUAUGAUCAUGCUAAACCAGUAAAACAAUUUAAAUUAGAACUGUUUUAAGUGAAAGCAGGUCACUCUUGAAAUGUCAUCCACUUUGAAUUUAUAGUUUGUAGAUAGGGUACUUUAUAUAAAUGCUUUUACAUCCAGAAUGAAAUUACCCUUGAGGCUGUUAGUUUUAAGAAAUUGCUGCAUUUGUAUUAUUCACAGGCAGGCUCAUCCGCAACAAAUAGUAUUUUAUUGUUACUUUUGUGCUCAGGUCCAGAUUGCUGCUGUAUUUAUGGAGAUGACUUUUAAAGAUAUGAGAUCAGCUGUCUUGUUUCUUUUUGUAAAGAUGACAGCUUCCUUGGAUUGAAAUGGAUUACUCAUUUGAUAUGCGUGAAGUGUGUACAAAUAACUAGUGAAACUAAGUCACUGUGAAAUGUGUCUUUGUAAUGCUGUUUUGGUGUGUGUAAAGUUGUUAAGAAUAAUGCUUGACCAUUAUGCUUUGAUGGAUGUUGGAUAGUUAUAAAUCUAAGCAAUGAGAAUGAUUAUCAUGUUUCACUCAUAUUUUAUUAUCGACAGUUUGGCCACAAAAGUUUCAUGCUUGCGAGUGAUCGUUGUUAUGAAGAUGAGUCUGUGUCAGAUGAUGCAGAUCUCUAUGAUGGAUGUGGAGUUGGAGGAUGUGGGAUUUUUCUUGCCAAGGCAUGGUGGGACAACAAAGGUUAUAAAAACUGAAGAAAUUAUUCUGUCCUUUGAUGACGAGUUGAAAAGCUAUUAGAUGAUCUGAAAAUUCUUAGAGGGGGCAGUACAUCCAAAAAGGUUAAGCUAUUGAGAGAAAUGAUGCAUAUAAAGCACAACUUAACUGCUCACACUAACACUUCCUCUCAGCCUCAGUUUUGAGAGUAUGGUGAUGCAUUGUGUUUUCUGAGAGAAACCAUGGUUAGAAAGGAUGGCUCCACACUUGGUGAGAUCAAAAUGCCUAAGGGUCUCAUGCUUUUGUGAGAGUGCUCUAAUCAGGCGCGUGGUUAGGUUGCACAACCCGAGUUUUCUCCUGUAUUUCAUGCUCCCCAGUGGUAGCCAUACAAACUCCACAAACUGCUCCUUGAUACUGAUCUUUACCUACUUGAGCUCUUAUUUUCCAAAUUUCAUGAUUAAUGCAUGGCCGUUAUUAAUUUAUUAGGAGAAAGUGAUGUAGAUUGGUUACAUAUAGUCCAAUAUUUAUGUUAUUUUUCUUUUAAUU